CGCUGUGCGCAAUUCUGCAGCACUGCAUCAUCAUCAAAACAUUUGGGGGUCGUUAUCUUAAAAAUAUUGCUCCCUAGCAGAGAAAGCGUUUCCGCCAUUCCAAGGGAAUGCGUAAACGACGGCGCCGCUGGAAAUUUAAAGAAAAGGAACAUUAAAAACAAAAAAAGAAAAGAAAAUAAAGUUUUAAAAAUUAAUUGUGAAAACAACAAAAUUUGUUAUGAAAAUGCAGCAACAUCAAGUAGAGGAAAUAAUUUUACGUUGGAAGUGGAGAUGGAGAAUAAAGAAUUUCCUAUUAACAACAUUAAUUCUUGUAUUAAAACUAUUCCAAAAUUAUUUAACUCCAACAGUAAUUCUCAGCAUUUUCCCAGUGAAGAAGUUAAUUUUACAAUUGCAGAACAUCGAAAAAGGCAUAGGAGAAGAAAUGAAAUUUUAAUUCCAUUUUCUGAAAAUUAUCAAAAAAUACGGGUCAUUUCAUCUAAUAUUAAACAACAUUUUUUAUUUAAAAAUUCACUCCCUUUAGAAAGGAGACAAAAGCCAUUUUGGCGAUAUACAAAAACAAUUAAUUUGGUGCUAUUUUUACAAUUGCUUAUUUUAUUUUUAAUACUAAAGCCUUUAUCAACUUUCUUUCUUUAUUCAACUGCCUCUGAAAUUUCAUUGAAUGAAACAAAUUCUUUUGAAGAUUUUGAAGAAAAUAUUUAUCAAAAUUUUACUGAAAAUAUUUGGAGAUUUCAACAAUUAAAUAUUGAAAAUAAUUAUUACAAAAGAUUUAAAAGAAAAAAUGAUUGGAAGCAACGAAAAUUAUCAAAGCAAUUAUUUACAAAAAUGGGAUUAAUUGAAGAAAAAGGACUACAACUCGAAAUGUGUCAUGUUUGGAAUAAAGGAUCGCCUUCUGAACUUUGUGCAUUGAAUAGAUGGGAAAGAAUUAAACGAAUGGAGUAA